AUGGCGGCGGUGGGCGCCGGGCCGGGGCCGGGGCCGGGGCUGGGGCCCGGUGGGACCCCGGGGCUGGAGGCGGCCUUGCAGAAGCUCGCGCUGCGGCGGAAGAAGGUGCUGAGCGCCGAGGAGAUGGAGCUGUACGAACUGGCGCAGGCGGCGGGCGGCGCCAUGGACCCCGACGUGUUCAAGAUCUUGGUGGACCUGCUGAAGCUGAACGUGGCGCCCCUUGCCGUCUUUCAGAUGCUCAAGUCCAUGUGUGCAAGCCAGAGACUGGCAAGCGAAGCCCAGGACCCUGCCGCCGUGACUCUGCCCACAUCCAGUGUGCCGGAGAUCAGAGGGAGAAACAAAGGCAGCACUGCCCUUAGUGGAGGCCCAGCACUGGCAGAACGCAGCAGCAGGGAAGGAUCCAGCCAAAGGAUGCCCCGACAACCCAGUGCAACUCGGCUGCCCAAGGGGUGUGGGCCAGGGAAGAGCCCACCUCAGAGCAGUACCUGAGACAGACUCCUCACGCCACCUUCUAGUGGAGGCUACAUGUUUCCUUCGAUUGGUAAUAAACGUUUGUGAAAAACUGAGUGUCCAGUUGAAGAUGGUUUCUCUUA